CUUCUUUCUUCUACCUCAUGCUCUUCCCUGAUUAGACCAUUAAUCCUUCAUCUAGACACACACAAGCUAAGCUUUCUGGUUUCCAUGCUAGUUUCAAGAGGAAGCCAUGCAGCCAAACCAUUCUACAUACAAGAAGUGCAGCAGCUGGUUACACAUACCUUAUCUUGGCCUUGCUGUUCUGCUGGUCUCGUUGGCGUCUCCCACCAGUUCCUGCGCAGAGCUGGAGAAGGCCUCCCUGCUCCGGUUCCUCGCCGGGCUCACCCAGGAUGCAGGCCUCGCCAAGUCAUGGAAGGAAGGCACUGAUUGCUGUAAGUGGGAAGGGGUCUCCUGCAGCAGAAACAAGACGGUCAUCAGUGUCUCACUGGCUUCCAGGGGGCUUGAAGGGCACAUCUCAACAUCUCUUGGCAACCUCACCGGCCUGGAGCAUCUCAACUUGUCCUACAACUCGCUGUAUGGUGGCCUGCCGCUGGAAUUGGUGUCGUCCAGCAGCAUCAUCGUCCUCGAUGUCAGCUUCAACCAGCUCAUGGGAGACCUGCAUGAGCUGCCAUCUUCAACCACUGACCAACCUCUGAAGGUACUGAACAUCUCAAGCAACAAGUUUACAGGGCAGUUUACGUCCACAACAUGGAAGGGGAUGAAGAAUUUGGUUGCACUCAAUGCCAGCAACAACAGCUUCACAGGGGAACUUCCAGGCCAUUUCUGUAACAUAUCACCAUCCUUUGCUGUGCUUGAACUCUGUUGCAACAGAUUCAGUGGUCGUAUCCCGACACAGCUCGGCAAUUGCUCCAAGCUCAGAGUGCUCAAGGCUGGCCACAACAACCUCAGUGGGUCAAUUCCAGAUGAGCUGUUCAAUGCUACCACGUUGGAGCACCUAUCUUUUCCUAACAAUGAUUUGGAUGGUGUACUCGAUGAUACACGCAUGGCCAACAUUAGAGAUCUGACAACCCUUAAUCUUGAGGGGAACAAGUUCACUGGCAAUAUCCCUGAUUCUAUAGGACAGCUCAAGAGAUUAGAGGAGCUCCAUUUGGACAACAACAACAUGUCAGAGGAGCUGCCAUCAUCACUAGAAAAUUGCACAAAUCUCAGAACCAUUGACCUCAAGAGCAACAACUUCAGUGGCGAUCUUGUGAAGGUCAAUUUCUCUACACUGUACAAUCUAAAAACUUUAGACCUUCUGUACAACAACUUCACUGGCACAGUUCCAGAAAGCAUAUACUCCUGCAGAAAUUUGACUGCACUAAGGCUAUCUGGAAACAACUUACAAGGGCAACUUUCACCGAGAAUAGGUAACCUGAAGGCUCUCACUUUCCUAUCUAUUGGUAGAAACAAUUUUACAAACAUCACAAAUACACUUCAGAUCCUUAAGAGCUGCGCAAAUCUUACAACCCUGCUAAUUGGGAGCAACUUCAAGGGAGAGAUCCUGCCACAGGAUGACACAUUUAAUGGUUUUGAGAAUAUUCAGGUCUUGGACAUUGAAAAAUGCCUAUUGUCUGGGAACAUACCUCUUUGGAUAUCAAAGCUAACAAAUUUAGAGAUUUGCUGCACAGAGCAGGAGAAGGCCUCUCUCCUGCAGUUCCUUGCUGGGCUGUCGAAUGAUGCCGGCCUAGCCAAGUCAUGGCAGGGAGACACAGAUUGCUGCAAAUGGGAAGGCAUCACCUGCAACAGAAACAGGACAGUCAUUGAGGUCUCUCUGGCUUCUAGAGGCCUUGAAGGGCGCAUCACACCAUCUCUGAGCAACCUCGCUGGCCUUCAGCAUCUUAACUUGUCCUACAACUUGCUGUCUGGUGACCUGCCGCUGGAAUUGUUAUCAUCCAGCAGCAUCAUUGCCCUUGAUGUCAGCUUUAACCAACUCAGCGGAGAGCUGCACGAGCUGCCAUCUUCAACCCCUGGCCAGCCUCUACAGGUACUUAACAUCUCAAGUAACAUGUUUACAGGGCAGUUUACAUCCAUAACAUGGAAGGCGAUGGAGAAUCUGGUUGCACUCAAUGCCAGCAACAACAGCUUUACUGGGCAGAUACCAACACAAUUCUGUAACAUAUCUCCAUCUUUUGCUGUGCUUGAUCUAUGUUACAACCAAUUCAGUGGCACAGUCCCCCCAGGGCUUGGUAACUGCUCCAUGCUGAGAGUGCUCAAGGCUGGCCACAACAACCUCAUUGGGACACUCCCUGAUGAACUCUUCAAUGCUACCUUGCUAGAGCACCUGUCUUUCCCUAACAACCAUUUGCAAGGAACACUUGAUGGUAAACGCAUAAUCAACGUCAGGUAUCUGUCUACACUUGAUCUUGGAGGCAACAACUUCAUUGGUGAUAUCCCAGAUUAUAUAGGUCAGCUCAAGGGAUUGGAGGAGCUCCAUUUGGACCACAACAACAUGUCAGGAGAGCUGCCAUCAUCAAUGGGCGGCUGCACAAAUCUCACAACCAUCGACCUCAAGAACAACAAUUUCAGUGGAGAACUCAACAAGGUCAAUUUCUCCAACUUACCCGAUCUAAAAACCUUAGAUCUUAUGCGGAACAGUUUCAGCGGCGAAAUUCCAGAAAGCAUAUACUCAUGCCACAAAAUAACUGCACUGCGUCUAUCUUCAAACAAUUUCCAUGGCCAGUUAUCGAAGGGACUAAGCCAUCUGAAGUCACUCUCCUUCCUAUCACUUACUGGCAACAGUUUUACGAAUUUAACAAAUGCACUUCAGAUACUAAAGAGCUCCAAGAAUCUCACCACUCUUCUUAUUGGAAAUAAUUUCAUGCAUGAGACCAUGCCUGACGAUGACAGAAUUGACGGUUUUGUGAAUCUUCAGGUUCUUUCAAUAAGUGAAUGCUCAUUGUUGGGGAAAAUACCUCAUUGGUUAUCAAAGCUCAGAAAUUUGGAGAUGUUAUUUUUACAGAGCAAUCAACUAACUGGAACAAUACCUGACUGGAUAAGCAGCCUAAACUUCCUGUUCUAUGUUGAUAUAUCAAAUAACAAUCUGACUGGGGAAAUUCCUACAGCGUUAACAGAUAUGCCAAUGCUAAAAUCAGAGAAGACUGCUGCAAGUUUGGAUCCGAGAGUCUUUCAACUACCAAUUUAUGUAGAUAUGUCACUUCAAUACCGCAAGGCCAAUGCUUUUCAAAAAGUGCUCAAUCUAGGAAACAAUAACUUCAUUGGUGUGAUCCCUCCAGAGAUAGGUCUCUUAAAAGAGCUCCUUUCACUAAAUUUGAGCUUCAACAAAUUAUAUGGAGAAAUCCCCCAAUCGAUCUGCAACCUCACAAACUUGCUGGUGCUCGACUUAUCAAGCAAUCAUCUAACUGGCAGAAUUCCAACCAAGAUGAACAAUCUGCACUUCCUUUCUAAGUUUAACGUUUCUUUCAAUGACCUGGAAGGGCCUGUGCCAACCACAGGCCAAUUUAGUACAUUCACAAAUGCUAGCUUUGAUGGCAACCCGAAGCUCUGUGGUCUUACACUUAUUCGCCAUUGCAAUUCGGCAGAAGCACAAUUCACCUCCAAGAAACAACAUAAGAAGAAGGUCAUAUUUGCGCUUGCAUUUGCUAUAUUUUUCGUAGCUAUUGCCAUCCUAUUCCUUCUUGUUUGUCUUCUUGCCUUGUCCCGGGGAACAAGUUCCAGGACCAAAAACAGGAGCACCGAUGAUAGUGACAUAGAAGUGCUAUCAUUCAACUCCAAUUCAGAGCAUUCAUUGGUGAUGAUGCCAGGAAGCAAGGGAGACGAAAAUAAGCUCACAUUCACGGACAUUAUGAAGGCAACAAAUAAAUUUGGCAAGGAGAACAUCAUUGGAUGUGGAGGCUAUGGACUAGUAUUCAAGGCCGAGCUACCCAAUGGAUCCAAGCUUGCAAUUAAGAAGCUUAACGGCGAGAUGUGCCUUAUGGAAAGGGAGUUCACUGCAGAGGUUGAAGCACUAUCCAUGGCCCAGCAUGAAAAUCUUGUGCCACUGUGGGGUUAUUGCAUCCAUGGAAACUCGAGGUUCCUCAUAUAUUCUUUCUUGGAGAAUGGCAGUUUGGAUGAUUGGCUUCACAACAGGGAUGAUGAUCCUGGAAUAUUUCUUGACUGGCCAGUGAGGCUCAAAAUUGCACAAGGAGCUAGCCGUGGCCUUUCUUACAUCCAUGAUGUCUGCAAGCCGCACAUUGUCCAUCGUGACAUCAAAUCCAGCAACAUCCUACUUGACAAAGAAUUCAAAGCUUACAUUGCAGAUUUUGGGCUGUCAAGACUGAUCCUUCCGAACAAAACUCAUGUCACGACCGAAUUGGUUGGCACUCUUGGUUACAUCCCACCUGAGUAUGGCCAAGGGUGGGUAGCUACUCUAAGAGGUGAUAUAUACAGUUUUGGAGUUGUCCUCCUUGAACUGCUUACAGGAAAACGACCUGUUCAGGUCCUGUCCAGAUCAAAAGAACUUGUCCCAUGGGUGCUGGAGAUGAGGUCUCAUGAGAAGCAGAUUGAGGUCCUAGAUCCAGUGCUACGAGGCACAGGGCAAGAAGAGCAAAUGCUGAAGAUGCUUGAAGUUGCUUGUAAGUGUGUGAACCAUAACCCGUCUAUGAGGCCACGUAUCAUGGAAGUAAUCUCAUAUCUGGAAAGCAUUGAUGAUGGCCUGCAGACCGAAAAGUCAGUCUACAAAUGAUAACAUUGUAGUUCAGUUGCAUGUAGAGUUAUAGACAUAUAGCAGAUCUAUUUUCAGUGAAGUUACUAGUUUUGGCUUUAAGUGA